AUGAAUUUACGGAUUUCUCAAGUUCCAGCUCAGAUCUUGCUCAGCUUGACACGCUUCUUUCGGCCCCAGGGGCCUAGAUUUCGAAACACCACAGGAGUUUUCUUCCUCCGAGAACAAUACACCCCACAAUUACGGUGGGUCGAUGAAUCCAAGGACUACUUCACCAAAUCGAAGCCUGAGCCCAGGAUGUCUGUCUCCAAUGACGACAUCGAUAAAGUUCGGAAGAGACUAAGUAAACGGAAACAUCGUCCCCUUGAGUUGAAACCUGACCAGGCGCCAAAGUCCGACAAACGUAUGAGGAAUACGCUAGCGGCACGUAGGUACCGAGAGCGUCAGAGGAAGGAUGUUGAGGUUCUCGACUCUCGCAUCAAGCAGAUGGAAGAGGAGCUCAACAAAGCCAAACUCGAAGCAAUGUGGUGGAAAAUGGAAUCUAAGCGCUGGAAGGAAGAAGUCGACAAGUUGCGCAAGAAACUGUAG